AAGUUCAAAAAACUAGGAUCAAAAAAAGUAAAAAACGAUCCCCUCUGUGUAGUAAUUCUUGUUGCCGUCUCUCUGCUUCGCAACCCGAACCCGAAUACGUCCAAGAUGAGGUCUUACGCAGCUUCUGCCGCAGCCUCGACGGCUGCGGCUUCAUCGUCUUCCUCCACUGCGGUGCGUAGAAGUACCACUUCUGCGGCUAUGCAGUCCUCCAAAAUUUCAGAGAACGGAACUUCCCAGGCCCUGUUUAUUGAGUGCCUGAACAAAAUCCGGGAGACCCGUUUGAACGUGGAAAACCACGCGACACAGAAUCUGAUGCGGCGCGCCAAGGAGGAGAUUCGAAAGCUGACAAACGACGAAAUUCAUUUGGUUCGGAAGCAGUUUGAACGGUUAGAGCACGGGGACCACGUGCACGAACUGAAAAGCAGCACUGUGAAACCGGACACGACGGCAAGGGUGAUGCAGCGCGACGGAGGCCAGUUGGCGGCGCGACUGCUGCCCGGAGGGGACCCCGCGAGUACCAAAGCAAGCGCUUCGACUUCGGUUGGGGCUGGCAGCACCUCUUCGGCGUUGAACGACCCAACAAUCGCAACACCUCUUCGGCGUUCGUUCCAGGAGCACAACAUCGACCCGUAUUGGGACCCUUUUUUUGAGGUGCAGACCGAAAAAGAGCGGGUGAACGCUGAGUUUGUCGAGUAUGCAAAGGUCGUGUCCGCCGCCGAGGCCCGAGAGAAGCGGCUGGAGAUUCGGCGCGCGGUCCGGCGCGCAGUGGUGUUGAGAUACGGCUCCCGGUACGACCCUCUCAAGUACCACGGCGGCGAACAACUGCCGCAGGACGUACCGAAGCCCCACCGACUGCACGAGCGCUUUUGGACCCCGAACGACCGGCAACAAAAAAUCAACGCGGAGCGCGCCAUCACGUGGCGCGACGUCGAUUUGCUGCAACACCACCUGGCACCGAACGGCUGGAUCCUUCCGCGACGCACCACCAUGCUGUCCCGCAAGAACCAGCGGCGCAUGACCAAGGCGGUAAACACAGCACGCGCCAUGGCGUUACUGCCGUUCGACUGGCGGCCCUCGGAUUUUGAGUCGAUGCCACUGAUGGAUCCGCUGCAGUUUACGGUGGACCGAUUGACGAACGAGGUGGCCAAGCCGCGGGCACGGGCGAUGCUGGAGGUGAUGCAGGAGAAGUAUCCGGAGUUGAACUUUCGUGCGUACGACAAGUGGAAAACGGAGCUUUUUAGAGACGCUGCAAAGCAAGAAAAACGAAGUAGUAGGGCUGCAUCAAAAGAGCCGUCGAGAACAGGAGCUGCAAGGGGACACAAGACAACCGGACGGGACGGGGAUGGCGGGGAACAACAAUCCGCGGAAAAAGGCGACGCAGCUUUUGAGGAAUAAAAUGCUGAUGUUGAAGUAAACAAUUACGAGCAAGACGAUGAUCGAUUUAAAGGCAACGAUGUAUAUCAACAAUAAAAUAGGUCCUGCUCAAAAUUAAAAUGUACGUCUACUACUAGCAGAACUAUCUCCGCGAAGUAAGUAAUUUUUUUGUCUGAAAUGCUUCUUCCCGCGACGAGAAUUCCAAUUCACGGCGGAGACGGUGGCGGACUGCAAACGUGGCAAUAAAAACUUCGGUACCGAAG